CUCUCUGACUUCCUGUCAUGGCCGUCAUGGAGAAUGUUUCGCAGCAGAUUUCUUAAAUAACUUGGCUUAUUCCGUGACAAACAUCAUAUGAAAUGGCAGCGGUCUUCUUGGUGACCUUGUACGAGUAUUCCCCAUUGUUUUACAUUAGUGUGGUUUCUUUGUGUUUCGUUGUUACCGCCGCCAUGGUGCUGGGCUGGUUUGGCUUUGAUGUCCCAGUGAUCCUUCGCAGCGCAGAUGAGACAGAGUCCCUCCUACCAACCCCUGAGAAGCAAAUGGUCCAGAUGACCAAUCCCUUCAUCCUGGAGAUGGGCUCUGGGCCGGCAUCUGUCACUGAUGGUGUGUCAGUGAGGCCCCGCUGUCUGGAGCCCUGUGUCCUGAACUGCUUCUGGGGCUGUGAGGUCAGUGCCCUGCAGGGAGCGCUGCAGGCCCACCAGCAUGGCCUGCUGCUCAGCACCUCCCAGUAUUUCCAGGAGGCCCUGCACUUCCGCUACCACCACUACCAGAGCUUCCAUAUCAGCAGUGAAGACACAGUGGAAUAUCACACACAGAUUCCUGCUGACCAGGGGAUCAGAGAUUUUGGACCGUUGCCAAGGGAACACUACCCUCUUGUGGUUGUACUGACGCUGGCAGAGCCGGACGCCAGAGACUCGUACAACAUCGUGGCCAGUGUGACAGUUAUUCAUGUUCCGGAUGACAAAUACAGCCUUUCUGCACGGGUUCUCUUUCAGUACCUCCUCACCUCAAAAAGAAAUAUGUACGAGUUAAAGCCUCUCUUCAUGUCAGCUGACAGUGGGGGGGCAUCUGAGCCUCCUGCCUCAGAGCAGAGUACCCAGCCAAGUAAGCCCAAUGCUGAGGCCACCAGAGUGGAGCAGAGUCCAGUCCUGCAGGAGGAGGAGGAGGAGGACUGGUCAAAGGGGAGGGGGAGAGACUGUGUGGUCUGUCAGAAUGCAGCAGUGAACAGGGUGUUGCUGCCCUGCAGACACGCCUGUGUGUGUGACAGCUGUGUGUCACACUUCCAACACUGCCCCAUCUGUAGGGCCUUCGUCUCGGAGUCCUUCAUCCUGACACAGGGAUCAGCUGCACGACAACGACUCCAUAUUUAACCACUCAAUGUUAUUUCAUAUGAAGCAAGGCAAGCAUCAGUGCAGAAACAUAAUCUCUGCAACUUCCUCACACCAAAUCCAGAUCUUGAUUGAUUGUUUUUACAUCAAGCUUAGAAAAGUUCAGCUGGACUGUAGAGAUGUAGUAUCUCUUACAUUAGUGGGUUACACUGCAGCAGCUAGAAACAAUACAAAUCAAUUCACUAGAUUGCCUCCACCAUUUACCACUCAACAAAACUUCUGAGGUAUCUAAACUUUAAAAAAAAAAGUGAGAGAGAAAGAAAUUAUCUUUUCUGUGAUAAAUGGUUAAUGGACCUGCACUUGUAUAGCGCCUUUCUAGUCAUCUGACCACUCAAAGCGCUUUUUAAAUUAUAAGUGAGAUUCACCCAUUCACACACACAUUCAUACAAGGUGCCACCUGCUACUCAGUCUUUAACACACUCACACACCAAUGAAACAGCCAUUGGGAGCAAUUUGGGGUUCAGUAUCUUGUUCAAGGGUACUUCGACAUGCAGACUGGAGGAGCUAGGGAUCGAACUGCUGAUCUUCCGAUUAGUGGACAACCCGCUCUGCCUUUGAGUAGUGAUGACGGAGUAGUGUUUUUUUAUUUUUUUUUUGUCAAAUGAAUAAAAUAAAAAUAAACUAACUAACUAAAUGAAGCCUCAUGAAUCAUUUUCUUUAUUUUCUGAGCCCACUAAAUGGCACUUUUUGUUCAACAAAGGGUUUAAAACACACUGAAUUGCCAUUCUUUGAGCCUCUCUCUUUAAACUAAGAGUGCCAUCUAGUGGGCUCAGAAAAUAAAGAAAAUGCUUCAUGAGGCUUCAUUUGGCCGUCACUACCUCUGAGGCACAGCCAUAGAAGCCCUGAAAGGCAAGGUGAAAAAUAUUUGGGGCAAUGUCGGCCAAAACCGAAGUUUAUCUAGGAAAUACACAUUUGGGCUUAAUUAGGCUAUUUUAAGAAGUAGAAAGAUGUGCAGAAUGAAGCGCUAAGUGCAUGACAGAAAGGGUAAACAAAGUUCUGCCAAAUUACAGUGGCAUGGAAAAGAGUGAAAAAAAGGAAAGGAGCGCCAUGCAAAAGACAUUUGAUCUCUCAGACAACUUUUACCAGGGUCUCAGACCUUUAUCAGCUUGUUAGGACUAUGGCUGUUCACUAGUGAUGGCCUCAUGAAGCCUCAUGAAGCAUUGUAUUUAUUUUCUGAGCCCACUAGAUGGCACUCUUAGUUUAAAGAGAGAGGCUCAAAGAAUGGCAGUUCAGUGUGUUUUAAACCUUUUGUUGAACAAAAAGUGCCAUCUAGUGGGCUCAGAAAAUAAGGAAAAUGAUUCAUGAGGCUUCAUUCGGCCAUCACUACUAUUCACAGUCAUUGUUAGGAAAAGCCAGGUGAUGCAGAUUUCAAAGCUUUAUAAAUAUUCUGACUCCUGAAACCUUGUCCCAACAAUCAGCAGCCAUAGGCUCCUCUAAACAGCUGCUUAGCACUCUGAAAACUAAAAUAACUUGUGCCCACAAAGCAGGAGAAGGCAAUAAGAAGAUAGCAAAGUGUUAUCAUUUUGGUGUUUUCUCAGUUCACAAUGUAAUUAAGAAAAGGAAGUUAACAGGAACUGUGGAGGUCAAAUAAAUACAAGACAUUAGACUUCUACUCUCUGAGACUGACAUUAAAUUUUGGUUGGAAUGACAAUAUUUAAAAUUACAAUAUUUUAAAUGUUUAGUGAUGUUAGAAUUUCAUGUUGUGUGGAUGUUAAUAUGGUGACAAUUUACAGAUGUUGGGUUUUGUUCUCCAGGUCUACAUACAUACAUACAUUCAUACAUACAUACAUACAACAAAUGUUGUAAAUACAUCAAGAUAACAUUGGCAUGAGACGUUUAGAAGAUGUUGGAUUUUGGUUACUUAACAACACAACUUAAAACAAACAAAAUUUCAACAUCGUCUGUUGUCAUUAUUCUACGUCAAAUUGACAUUGGCAGUAGGCCUGUCCUGACACUGAUUUUUGGUCACAACUUAAACUUCACCAAAUAUGCUGAACAAGUGGACUGCGCAUUGUUCUGAUGGCCCAUAAUUCCAAAGCCUCAGUAGUCUGGAAAAAUGUCCCAUUGGACCGAAAGCCUAUGACUUGGACAGCCCCUCAUCCAGAAAACAAACACCCAUUGCUCCACAGUCCCGUUCCUCUAUGGUUUCAAUUGUGCUAUAGUGUACCCACACAUACAGAUCCUUCCAUGGUUAUAUUAGACAGGCAUAAUUUGAAGUAGAUCAUGUACAGAGGCUAAAGAAUGAUCAGCUUUGUUGUGUCCAAAGACAGAAAGCCGGAUUAUUUUUCACUAAUUUGAACCUCUGUGGAACAAGUCAGGUGACACAGCGGAUCAGUUUGAGACCACAGAGGAUGAACAAAAGUUGUUUUGACAUUUGUAAGGAUGCAAUUAACAGAAAAUGUGAUCUUGUUUACGUACAUACUUGUGUUUACUCCAGUUUGUGAAUGUAUUUGUUUUUAGAAUCUGAUGCUUUGACCAGGGCAGUAUUUAUUGACCACAGCAAAUCAGUUCCUAAAGCUUUAAUCUGACUCUGUGUCAAUGCAGGUGACUGUGUGAAAUCAUUAAAAAUCAGUAAAACUA